ACAGCUCCAAAUCUCUCUCUCUCUCUCUCUCUCUCUCUCACAAAUAUACAGCCCACCACAAUCCCAGUAAAAGAUCCUCAAAAUCUCUCCAGUCUAUUGUACAUUGCUUAUCCUCAUCUCAUUUCUUAAUUAGUCUCUCACACUCAUACUAUGAAGCUCUCAGGUUAAUCCUCCUGAAUCCAAUCCAUCUCCAAAUAUACCACCAUCAUCAACCACAGUUUCUAUCAUACAGCCAUAUCAAAAACCAGAUUCCCCUCUCCUCUUCCAAUUUAUAUAUCCACUCAUCUCCUCUUGCCAAUUACAUGCAACAAUCCACUUAACUCUUUUCUGUGGGUGUACAUCAAUCCAUGCAACCCAUCAGUUCAGAAAAGAAGGGAAAAAAAGGUAUAGAGAUGGAGGUAACAGAAGAAGAAGAUAGAUGUCGUAGGUGUUUCAAUAGCUGGGUGAUGCAACAAGAAGUAGACCUACAAGAACUUCAAACUUUGACCCAAUACCACAAAGAUGAAGAGAAGCUAAGAAUGAUGGUAGAGAAGAACAUCCAACACUUCCAUGACUACAACCAGAAAAGAACCAUUCUAGCCCAAGACCAUGCGACAUCCUUCUUCUGCCCAUCCUGGUGCACCCCCUUCGAGAAUUCCUUCCUCUGGAUUGCUGGUUGCAGGCCUACCCUCUCCAUCCGACUCGUCUACGCCCUUUGUGGUUCCGAACUCGAAUCCCAACUCGGAGAUUUCUUCAGGGGUGUAAGGAGAGGUAAUCUGGCCGAGUUGUCAGCGCGUCAACUCAGCCUUGUCAAUGACCUUCAUUGCAACACAAUCCGGGAGGAGGACAAGCUGUCCUCCAAGAUGGCUAGCUUACAAGAGGAGAUAGCGGACCAGCCUUUGGCUCUCAUGGCCGUGGAGUCGAACCGGAUUGGAGAUACAAGCGAGCGGGUGGACCGGGUUCUUGAUGACCACUCGCUUGCCUUGGCUCGUAUCUUGGAGGAUGCCGAUAAGUUGAGGCUGCGAACGUUGAAGGCACUGACCAACAUCUUGACCCCACUGCAGGCCGUUGAUCUUCUGGUGGCAACUGGGAAGCUUCAUCUAUCCCUUCAUGAAUGGGGCAAGAAAAGGGAGUCUAGGGAGCGUCAGAGCAGAAGCAUCUCCUGCUCAGCAGAGUGAAGAAGCUUAAAAGAGAAUCUUACAUAUAUAUAUAUAUAUAUUUAAGUUUUUUCUUUUAAGGUACUAAACCAUAUAUGUUAAGUUUAUGAGCUUAUAUUUUCUUAAUAUUAUUACUGCCAUAUUAUUAUUAGGUUGUAUGUUCAUAUAUAAAAUAAUGUAAACUAAUAUGAAGUUCAUUAGUUUGUGUAUUUGCCAUAUGGUGAUGAAAAUAUAAAUUUACUGCCAUAUUAUUAUUAUAA